ACUUCGCAUUCAGAAUGUCGCAGAACUGUCGAGGCUACUCCGGAUUGGGUCUGUUCCUGCUACUUCAGCUGCUGCUGCUGCUGCUUCAGCUGCGAUCAGCGGAAGCUCGGUGCAAUAGGCCCGAUGAUUUUCAAAAUGGUAACACAUUGUCUUUUCGGGGCUUUAUGCGUUUCACCUGCAACAACAAAUACACGCUAAUGGGCGAGAGGGCAUUCCGUUGCGGCGGCGACAGACGCAUCAUUGGCCAGAUGCCAGUUUGUGCCAUGAAGGGAUGCAACACACCGAGCAAAACAGAUAAUGGCCAGAUUGAUACUGAGAGCGGCCUUAAAGCGAUUUUAACGUGCAAGGACGGAUUCGUCGUGGCCGGCCAUGAGGUGGCCUACUGCAAUGGCAAGAAUUGGGAUCGAACGUUGGGCGUCUGUCGUCUCAGCAAUUAUACAAAGAGUCAUGCCUGCGAUUUCGAGUCCGAGGAUAUGUGCGGUUGGUCGCGACAAUGGAGUUUACGGCAGCCCUGGCGCCGUGUCGCGACAGUGUCGCACUUUCAGUCUUAUCGCACGGGACCACGACACGAUCACACUUUCCAAAAUGCAUACGGUGGUCACUAUAUGCUCAUGGAGACAAUGGAAUCUUCAACGGGUGCCCAUCAUCUCAUAUCGCCCAUCUAUCCACGUGAGCUGAGCCUGAAGACAGCCUGCUGCUUUCGAUUCCAUUACUUUAUGUAUGGCUCGGGUGUGGAGAGUCUGGUCAUCUCAGUCAAACCACAUAGGACGAGCGUGGACCAAAUGUGGAGGCGGUCACGCCAAAAGUUCAAAAAGUUCGAAAUCUCUGGGAACCAGGGCAAUUACUGGCUGGAGCACACCAUUAGAAUCGAUGAAAUGCCGGAGGACUUUCAGGUGGUAAUCACGGCGACCGAUGGAAGCGCUCAUCUUGGUGACAUUGCCAUCGAUGAUGUGCGCCUGAUGACGGGCAACGAGUGUGGCGGUGGAGCAUUCACAACCACAACAGAGAUGCUGCCUAUGGAGACACUCGACCCAGUCAUCUACGACUCGUUGAGCUGCAGUCAGCGUUGCGGCGAACCUGCACCACCCGAGAAUGUGAAAAGGGUCAAUGGCAAAUGGAUCAAAGAAUGCGGCUGUGAUGAGCAGUGCGGGGACAAUUGCUGUUUCGACUAUUUUUGGUAUUGUGUUAUCAUGGAGCCAACCGAAAAGGAUACAACACCAACAACAACAACAACUACAACUACAACAACUACUACACCAAGGCCAACAACAACUACUACAACUACAACAACUACUACACCAAGGCCAACAACAACUACAACAACUACUACAACCACUACACCAAGGCCAACAACAACUACUACAACCACUACACCAAGGCCAACCACAACUACAACAACAACGACUACACCAAAGCCAACUACAACAGCAACAACUAGAAGAGCAACCACACCUGCAAAAACAACAACAACAACAACAACAACAACAACUACACAACGCAGCACAACUACAAGAAAAUCAAACACAACAACAACAACCACCAGCACAGCCAAAUCACAUGAAACUAAAGGACAUCCGCAUCGCAUUGAAUGGCAGGUGAGUCCGGAUGAUAUCGAAGGACACAGCGAUAAAAGGAGCAGCAUGAAUGCUGCACAAUACCUGUGGCUACUCAUGCUGGCCAUAUUGCUGUGCAUCAUUGUGGGCAGUGUUGUGUAUCGCUGGAAGCGACCCAGUGGCUCCAGUAUGGAGAACGCGGUCAGUUUUCAGAAGACCUUUGCCAAGCUAAAGAAGGUGGCUCUAUCGACGAGCGGCAGAAACAAUGGGGAUGCACCAUUAAUCACUGAUAUCGAUAACAUGGACGAGGAAGAGCCGAUUGUCGAAAUGGCCGUGGAUAUACGCAAUGUGACCGAGCUUUGAGGUGACGAGCGCUGAAUGCGAGUUGAAUAUGCCUAGAGAUACCUCCAUCUAAUAAUAUUAGUAUAGUAAGUCAACGAAAUACUUUUACUUAUACUCUUAUUAUAUUUUGAAAUAAAAUGUUCAAGAAAGAAUAAAUAACA